AUGGCUAUGUACCACUUAAGGUUAUUUAUAAUUUUUUUUUUAAAUGCAAACUUACCUAUUACGCUGAGUGCCAUUUGUGGAUGCAGGUACAUGAGGGAAUGUUAUGAACAUAUGAUUGAUGAUUUGAUAACUAAAGGUGAAACCCCUUGCAUUUCUGAAGCAGCAAUUGGUUCUAGUACGAUAACCAUAUUCUUAAAGGCGAUUCAGAAGUAUUGUGCAAAUGUAACUGAGGUAUACCAAGACAAACUUACGUAUGAAGGGAGGAAUUUAUAUGAGAUCCUCAUAAGAACUUCUCCAGACAAUGGUAAAGAAGACGAAAGGCCUGUGAUUGCUAUAGAUGCUGGGCAAGAAGCUGGUUCACAUUCCGUGGAAUUCGCUCUGUAUCUAAUAGAGCAGUUGAUAUCGUGCGAGGAAAAUGAUGAAAUGAUAUCUAACGUACGCUGGGUGAUAAUGCCGUCAGUUAAUCCUGACGGUCGAGAAUAUUCAAGGAAUAAUAGAAUAAAAUGGCGAAAAAAUGUGAUGACAUCAGCAGACGGCAUGAGUUUUGGUGUAGACAUCAGCAGGAACUUCGAGGGUGAUUGGAAGGCUUGCCCGACGGUGCAUAGUAGCUUCUCCCCCGUAUACCCAGGCCCCAACGCCGCUUCGGAAGUUGAAACACAGUUCGUUCAAGGGGUCCUCUCUAAAUAUAAGAAGGACAUAAAAAUGUACAUCUCCUUGAGAAGAGACGGGCACUCUUUCAACUACCCGCAUGGUUACGAAUCUUCCUAUGCUGUUUCCAGACCAAAAUUGGAGAAGGUCGCAACUAUGGUAGCCGCAAAGGUUAACCAAAGGGCUGGAGGUGUCCACUUGUUCACAAACCAGAGCAUAUUCGAGUUAAACGGAAAGCCUUAUUGUGGUCACAGUGUGGACUAUGCUCAUCAGUUGCUAUCAAUACCGUAUGCAUUCGAAAUGCGCGUCUUUCUUGGUUCAGAAAAUGAUAUAAUGUCAGCGUUCCAAAGUUUGCCGCGCGGGUAUGAUACGACUCUAAGAACUGGCUACUACAGCGGAAUCAAGGAACUCUAUAACAUUCUUACGAAGGAUAACCAAUAUAGAUUCUUCUGA